AUGAAAACAUGUAAGACGGUGUCUGUGUGCACCCCACUAGAGGAGGAUCAAGGCACACAUGUGUUUGAUAUCUUGGGUUACAGCAAGCACAAGGGCAUGGGCCAUGACCUGGAUAGCUACAUAAGGUCUGGGAUUUUCUCCGUCGGCAGCCAUGACUGGGGAAUCUUCUUCUAUCCCGACAGGCUUAAUGGAUAUGGCCUAGAUUACAUCUCAGUAUAUCUCAUUCUUUUGAGCAACAAUGUUAAACUCCGGGCAUCCUGUGACAUGAGGCUCGUGGACCAGUACACUGGAUUCCCAUUUUCAGUGCAUAAAACAGAACUUAGAACUUUCAGUUCCGGUGACUUCACUAACUUUGCUCCUGAGACUCCUUAUUUCAUGAGGCGAAGUGAGUUUGAGGGAUCUCCGUACCUUAGGGAUGAUCGCUUGACGAUCGAAUGCAUCGUCACUGUUUUCAAGAUGCCACAUGUUACUGAAACCAAAUCAUUCCCCAAAAUCGACAUGCCACAACCUGACAUGACUGAGAAUGUCAGCAAGCUACUUGAAGAAAUGACAGGAUUUGAUGUGAGUUUCAUUGUUGGAGGAGAGACUAUUGAAGCACAUAGGUUUGUUCUCACUAUGAGGUCGCCUGUUUUCAAAGCAGAGCUCUAUGGGUCGAUGCAGAAGGCGAGGCUGGGGGAGUGCAUAACCAUCAAGGACACGCAACCUGCCAUUUUCAAGGCCCUGCUCCAUUUCAUCUAUACUGACUCUUUGCCUAGCAGCGAGGAUACAGAGAUGAUCCGGCUUUUACUAGUGGCCGCGGAUAGAUAUGCAAUGGAUAGGCUCAAGCUGGUUUGCCAAAGCAUCCUUUGCGAGGAUUUGAAUGUGGACACCAUCACAACCACAUUGGCUUUUGCUGAGCGACAUAACUGCCACCAGCUUAAGGAUGCUUGCCUUGAAUUUAUCAAAUUAUCAAAUUUCAUGGAUGAUGUGGUGGGAACCCAACGCUUAAAGGAUCUCAAGGCGACUUGCCCAUCUUUCAUUGUGGAUGAACUGGGGAAGAGAAGGAAGUUUUCAUGA